ACAAAUUCAAAUUUGUUUUCAGAAUUCUUAUCGUGUCACUAGAUUAAUCGGUACGUUGGAAAUUAGCUAUGCCUUCUGUUUUAAACAGUAGCAGUUUUGUAGUGACAUGUGUGUGCGCGUGCGAAAGUGUACAAACUAGGCGAUUCGGCACGUGACUGUCAAACAUCAAUUAUUUAUAGAUAUUAUCGACAAUAUUCCUAAAACAAAAUAGAUACUGGAUGAUGUAAUAAUGAUUAUUAUAUUUUCUGACGUUUGAUAAUAUUAUUACCACAUUUGCUUUGUAUAGUUACAGUGAACUUAUUAAUGAUUCUGUUUUCUUUAUAAAAUAUUUUGAAAAAUAAAUAAAACACUAUGGGUAAUUCUAAAAAAAAAAAGUUAUCGUUAUCAAAACUGAAAAAACACAAGGGCAAUGUUAAUGCGCUAUUAAAAUGGCGUUUGAAUUCCAAUUACAUUAUGGAAAAUGCAGGCUCAAUUUCUAAUGAUGAAAUUAUUUGUCCAUCAACAUCAAACACACAAACGCAUGAUGAAACAGAAGAAAUUUACGUAAUUGAAGGUCGAAGAAUAGUAGACAUAAAAUUUGUGUUUGAUACUAUUGCAAAAAUCAAACAUGAGGGUUUCAACUGUACAUUUUCCGAUUUAAGAUUUUUAUGUGAAAAAAAGAUUGGUUUUUUUAGUGAAUUCGUCUUUAUUUGCAAAAUGUGUCAUAAAAAAGAGAUUAUACCCACUGAACCGCAAAAUAGUACACUUUUGUCCAUAAAUUUAGCCAUAGUGUCAUCUGCAGUGAAUACUGGUCAAGGUUAUUCACAAAUACAACAGUUUUCUGCUAUAUUGAAUAUGCCAUGUUUAAGUAAUCCAUUGUAUCAAAAAUUACACCAAGAUAUUGGAGAGCUUACACAUAAAGUUGCAUUGGAAGCAUGUGAAGAUGCAGCUAAAGAAGAAGCUAGAUUAGCUGUCGAAAAUGGUAAUGUAAAUAAAGAUGGUGUUCCGAUGAUAGCUGUAGUUGCUGAUGGUGCCUGGUCUAAAAGGUCCUAUAGACCAAAUUAUAAUGCAAUGUCUGGCGUUGGGUGUAUUGUCGGUUAUAGAACCAAGAAAGUGCUAUACUUAGGUGUACGUAAUAAAUACUGUUCGAUAUGCCAUAAAGCAGAUAAUAUGCAAAAAACACCAGAAAAUCAUGUUUGUUACAAAAAUUGGAGCGGAACAUCGACAGCAAUGGAAGCAGACAUAAUUGUCCAAGGUUUCGUUCAAAGUUUAAAAACUAAUAAUUUAAUUUAUAGCCACCUAAUUGGAGAUGGAGACAGUAGCGUAAUGAAAAAAAUACAGCUGGAAAAACCUUAUGGUAAUAAUGUGAUUGUAAAAAAAGUAGAAUGUACGAACCACAUUUUAAGGAAUUAUUGCAACCGCUUGAAAGAUAUGUCAUCAAAAAGAAAAAGUUCAAUGGGUAAAGUUGUGCCAGGAUUUAUACGAACGAAAAUAAAAGAAAAUGUGUUAAGAUUAAGAUACGCAGUGACUAAAGCUAUAUUAUUUAGAAAAAAUAUGAAAAUUGCUCAUAACGAGAAAACAAAAUUAUUAAAAAUUGAUAUUACGAACGGACCUUAUCAUGUAUUUGGUUCUCAUGAAAAAUGUGAUAUGUAUUUUUGUACAAGAAAAAAUGAUACUGAUAUAAAUUUAGUUCCAAAAAUGCAAGAAUGUGGUAUUUGGAACGAUAUUAUAGCAUCUAUAAAUUUAGUGGCAUAUCAUUCAGAAAGUUUAGUUUAUCACGUCAAUAACAAUGCAGUCGAAUCAUACAAUAGUAUUGUGGCGAAAUAUAUAGGAGGAAAAAGGAUAAACUUUUCAUUUAGAGGUUCUUAUACGACUCGCUGUCAUACUGCGCUGACUUUUUAUAACUAUGGGCCGGAAUAUUUACGAAAAUUGCAUAAAAAGGCAACCAAUUAUAGUCCAGGAAAAUUUACAAAAGCGUUUAUAUUAAAAAACAUUAAAUCUCAAAAACAAAAAGAAAUAAGAAAACCACUUCAAGCAUUCAAUUCUCGAACCAAAAAAAAAUUGAUAGAUGGACCCGACGAAGAUUAUGGUGCUGUAAAUGAAAGUUUAGGAUGUAAGCCAUUAAUACUUUCUCGUGAAGAAUUUGAGGAACAAAAAUUAGAUAUGUUAUCGCGGUUAAAACUUAGCUUACAAGAUAUUAAUAAAUUAGAACGUCGAACUACUGAACAAUCACAAUGUGAAGAGUGGAAGAGGGAACGUUCAUACAGGCUGACAGCAUCUAAUUUUGGCAAAGUAUGUAAGCUUCGAAAAAGUACAAACCGGAAAAAUACAAUUGUUUCAAUUUUAUAUGCAUCACAAUAUUUUCAUGGAACAACUGCUACCAGUUACGGUAUACAAUUUGAACCUGUCGCGAAAGAGCAAUUCGAAUCAUUAUACAAAUUCAAAGUGAUUACUGCUGGAUUAUUUGUUGAUCCUACACUACCUUAUUUAGCGGCAUCACCUGACGGACUUAUUGGAGAUAAUUCAAUAAUAGAAAUUAAAUGUCCUUUUUCAAUAAGAGAUUUAACGCCGGAAAAUGCAUACAAGGAGAAGAAAAUUAAAUAUUUAGAACAAAAAGACAACAAAUUAGUUUUGAAGAAUAGCCAUGAUUAUUAUUUUCAAGUACAGGGUCAACUACACAUUACGCAAAGGAAAUUUUGUUAUUUUGUAGUAUGGACACCUAAAGGAAUGUUGGUUGAUUUAAUUGAACGAGAUGAUUUAUUUUGGAAAGGUAAAAUGGAAAUACCUUUAUCAGAAUUUUACCUCAACCACAUGAUAUUAGAAAUUAUUUCUCCAUCAUAUUCAAUUUGAGCUUGGACUUCAUAAUUUUGUACUUGAUUCGAAGUGUAUAUAAAACGUGUAUAUUACGUGAACUUGUAGUAAUUUACAAAUAAAUUUCUUUAUUACUUAUAAC